AAAAUGUUGUGUUAAAUUCACAGGGUAUCAAAAAUCUGAAACGUUCAAGAAUACGACAUACUACGUUCUAAUAUUACCAUCUAUUGUUUUUUCAAAGAUAGGUUGGCAUUUUCAGCUUCCUUCUUUGGGGAAUAUAUGCGGUGGAUCUGCAUCCGAAGUUUGGCUGCCAGUGACGUGGAGUUUGUCAUUUGUCAUUUUGCGCGUUGCUUUUCCGGAAAUCAGAACUGACCGUCCGGUGCGUUUGCGAAAUUAUUCUACCAUCUUGCCAUUUCUUCUCUGCCUGGAGUUCGGAUAUCCAGUACUUUCUAGCAGGAAAUUUUAGGAAAUAUAAGUGGUUCCAUGACUUCCGUCUGAAUCUGCUGGCAGGAUGAUUCAAGUGACUGAUUUCCAAAAAAUCGGGAUCGGCCUCGCAGGAUUUGGUGUUACGUUCAUUUUCUUGGGAAUAUUAUUGUUUUUCGACAAAGGUCUACUAGCAAUCGGAAAUAUAUUGUUCGUUGUUGGAUUGACGUUUGUGAUUGGAAUAGAACGAACUGUGCGGUUCUUUUUCCAGUUUCAAAAAAUAAAAGGAACUGUAGCAUUUCUUGGUGGAAUAGCGGUAGUGCUUUUCGGGUAUCCGAAAAUUGGGAUGGUGAUCGAGUCGUACGGAUUCGUAUCUUUAUUCAGUGGAUUUUUCCCUGUUGCGCUCAGUUUUAUACGGCGACUUCCGGUCAUUGGAACUUUCCUUAAUAUGCCUGGCAUAAGUAGGAUAGUGUCGAAAUACGCCGACGAUUCCAGGACAGCUGUGUAAAUAACCAAUUCGAGCUUUUGCCAGUAUAACUUAAUUAUUUGCGUUUGUUUUUGUUUUUUGGAAUCGGAUUACAUUGUGAGUUUUUCAGCGUUUUGUAAAUUUAUGGAGAUCUCAAGAAUCUGUCUGAGUCUUACCGUCCACCUCGCCCGUAUUGCCUUUUUAGGCAUACGAUUAAGGAGACGAGGACGUGCGAUUUGUGGGCAGCAUGUUACCGUUUGCCUUCUGGAACUGUUUUGCUGAGAUUUCCUGAUUUUUUCUCAUUUGUUUUCGUAAAGCGUUAUAACUACUGAAAAACGAAAUGCGGAGAGAUACUUUAUAUCAGAUUGGAUUAUUGGAAUAAACAAGAUAAUCAUGUUA